GAGUUAUAACUGCGAAAUGGAGGAACCGACCACUCCUGUACGACAGCAGCAUAAAUUCAAUGUUGGCAGGCUUCAGAGAUAUCUGACUGCCAAGACACUUUUGUCAAACAAUGACACCCUGACUGUAAGACAGUACAGUGCUGGUCAGUCAAACCCAACUUUCCUAAUCCAGACGCCGUCAAACAGUUAUGUUCUCAGGAAGCAACCCCCAGGUGAGCUGUUGCCAGGAGCUCACAAGGUGGACAGGGAGUAUCGAGUGCAGAAGGCCCUCUUCUCUGUUGGUUUCCCCGUUCCACAGCCCCUUCUGCACUGCGCUGAUAUUGAAGUCAUUGGAACAGAGUUCUACUUAAUGCAACAUGUGAAGGGGCGCAUAUUCAGGGAUCUUCGUCUACCUGGAGUGAGUCCAGCAGAGAGAACAGCUCUGUAUGUGGCUGCGGUGGAAGUCCUGGCAAAGCUGCACUCACUGGAUCUGCCAUCAGUGAACCUUGAAGCAUAUGGAAGAGGGCCAGGUUAUUGCAGGAGACAAGUUUCCACCUGGACCAAGCAGUACACUGCAGCGGCCCACAGAGACAUUCCAGCCAUGAAUGAACUGUCUGAUUGGUUGAUGAAGAAUCUACCAGCCAGUGACAGUGAGGUGACCCUUGUCCACGGAGAUUAUCGACUGGAUAACUUAAUAUUCCAUCCAACAGAGGCGCGUGUGAUCGCUGUGUUGGACUGGGAGCUUUCUACCACUGGACAGCCCCUGGCAGAUCUGGCCUACUUCCUUAUGCCACAAUACUGGCCUGCAAGUCUCAGCGUUAUCAGCACGAUGGGCAGUUUAAAAGGAAUAGAGGGUAUCCCAACUGUGGAAGACCUGAUCUCCAUUUACUGCAGGUGCCGGGGGAUCCCCCCUGCAUUGCCACAACUGAAUUUCUACUUGGCCCUGUCUGUCUUUAAAAUGGCAGGAAUUGCCCAGGGGAUCUACGCUCGUCACCUCCUGGGUAAUGCCAGUGCACCGAAUGCAGCUCAGUUUGGCCAGUGUGUGGAGCCCUUGGCUAAGGUUGCCUUGCAGCUUGGGCAGAGGCCCCUCACAGGUCCAACAAAGGACAGAUUGUUUUUCCAGACAGCUAAAGGUCGGGCUGUUCUCCAGCAGGUCAAAGAUUUCAUGAGACAAUAUGUGCUUCCUGCUCAGAAGGAGGUUGCACAGUAUUACACCAAACACGCUGAGUCUCCACAGAGAUGGCACACCCCUCAAAUUAUAGAGGAUCUGAAGAUUAAAGCCAGGGAAGCCGGGCUGUGGAACCUGUUCCUGCCUGCAGUCAGUGGGCUCACCCAGCUGGAUUAUGCCUAUAUUGCUGAAGAAACCGGCCACUGUGUGUUUGCCCCUGAAGUCUUUAACUGCCAGGCUCCUGACACAGGAAAUAUGGAAGUGCUCCACAUGUUUGGCAGUGAGGAGCAGAAGAAGAAAUGGCUGGAACCUUUACUCAGAGGAGAGAUUCGCUCCUGCUUCUGUAUGACAGAACCUGAUGUGGCCUCCAGUGAUGCAACCAACAUGGAGUGCAGUCUUCACAGGGAUAAAGACGACUACAUCAUAAAUGGGAAAAAAUGGUGGAGCAGCGGUGCCGGCAAUCCCCAGUGCAAAGUGGCCAUUGUCAUGUGCAGGAGCGGCAUUCGGGAUGAAAACAUCAGGCACAGCCAGCACAGUAUGAUCCUCGUACCUAUGGACACAGCAGGUGUAAAGCUCAUCAGACCACUCACUGUGUUCGGUCAGGAUGAUGCGAUCCAUGGUGGCCACUUUGAAGUGCAUUUUGAAAAUGUGCGCGUACCCGCCUCCAGCAUUAUUCUAGGGGAGGGCAGGGGAUUUGAGAUUGCCCAAGGUCGCCUGGGGCCAGGCAGGCUGCACCACUGUAUGAGAGCUGUCGGACUAGCCGAGUUGGCAUUGGAGCUACUCUGCCAGCGGGCUGCCACCAGACACACCUUUGGAAAACAACUGUACCAGCAUGAAGUUAUUGCUCAUUGGAUAGCAGAGUGCCGUCUCAUGAUAGAGCAGACUCGCCUGCUUACUCUCAAUGCUGCUCAUGCACUGGAUACACUAGGCAGUCGGGCAGCUCGUAAGGAGAUUGCUAUGAUUAAGGUUGCAGCAGGAAGAAUGGCCUGCAAGGUGGUGGACAUAGCCAUACAGGUAUAUGGUGGUGCAGGUGUGUCUGGAGACGUUCCACUAGCACAGAUGUACUCAUAUGUGCGGACUCUGCGCAUCGCUGAUGGACCAGAUGAGGUGCACCUCUCCUCUAUAGCCUAUUUGGAACUCAGAGAUCAACUAAAGAAGGCACAGGCAAAGCUCUAAAAACAUGGCCACAGCUUCAUUAUACUGCAGUAAACUAUUACUGCCCCGAUAAGCAUUUUUGGCCCUAAAGUGAGAUUGCUUGAUUUUUAUUCACUAGUUGCAAAAACACUGAACUUUAAAAUGAAAAACCUUACUAAACAUACUACCUGUAAAGAAGCACCCUUACAUAUGUGCCAGGUGAAAAUCAAAUAAAACAUGAUUAAAGUGUC